AUGCAAGGCAAGUUGCACAAGAUGUUUGGGAUUGAUGCUUCAAAGAUGCAAUUGUAUAGAGCUAAAAAAAGAUGUAGAGAUGAGAUGGAGGGUAAUCAUGGAAGCCAAUAUGUGCUACUACCAACAUAUGCUGCAAAGAUUAAGAAGACAAAUCCUGGUAGUUUUGUGAAGAUCAAUUAUGAUAACCCACCCAAGCCAAUCUCAGAGGAUGAACCCACACCAGAUGAAGAGAGUAUAAUCAGUUCUAACCCAGUGCUUAGAAGUAUUUUCAUCUCAUUUGAGGCAAUGCAAAUAGGGUUUGUUAAUGGAUGUAGACCCUUCAUAGGAGUAGAUGGUUGUCACUUGAAGGGUCCUUAUGAUGGAUUGCUAAUUUCAGUAGUUGGUUUAGAUGGGAAUAAUGGGUUGUUUCCACUAGCAGUAGGAGUAGUGGAGUGUGAAUGUAAGGCGAGUUUGACAUUUUUCCUACAACACUUGAGAACAAUACCGAGUGAUGCAUUACCCACUAGGCCUUGGACCAUCAUGUUUGAUGGACAAAAGGGUCUUGACACAAUUGUGACUGAAAUCCUACCAGAGGCUAGCCAUAGAAGAUAUUGUAUGAAUUUGUUUAACAACUUCAGAGAUAAAUUUCCUGGAAUGAUCUUGAGGAAGAACUUUUGGAAGGCAGCAAGGGCGUGGAAUCAAAGGGCAUAUGAUGAGGCUAUGCAAGCCAUUCAAGGUAUCUCAAAGGAAGCAUAUGAAUGGCUGCAAAAAGUUCCUGUUGAAGCAAGGUCUAGGCAUGCAUUUGAUAGUAGGAUAAGAAAUGAUCAUAUCACAAAUAACAUGACAAAAUCAUUCAAUAAUUGGUUGGGGAUUUCCAGAAGUAAACUAAUUUUGACAAUGUUAGAGACCAUAAGAUGUAAGUUAAUGGGCAAGUUUCAAAUGAGGUAUCAAAAAGCAUUGCAAUGGCAGUCCAAUAUAACUUUGAACAUUAAGAAGAAACUUGAUAAGACCUUUUAUGAGUCCAGAAAGUGCAAAGUAAAGUAUGUAGGAGAACAGGAGUAUGAUAUUAGGGACAAUGAGGGAGUGAGACACAUUGUGCAUAUAGGUAGAAUGAGUUGUUCUUGUAGAGAGUGGGAGAUUUCUGGGAUUCCAUGCACACAUGCUAUGGUUGCUAUCUCAUACAAUGGAAUGAAUGUGGAAAACUUUGUGCAUCCCUAUUACUUAAAGAAAAAUAUUUGCUGGCCAAUGGUGGGAUUAUACAUCCAAUAUCAGACCACACUAUGUUGA